AUGUCGAAAAUCCUGGUGUCUCUGAUUAGCAAAAAGGUGCUAGGUGAAACCGCCAAGAAUCAUUUUGGUACUGAGGACCCCUACUUCGAAGAAGUUCCUGCUUCACGCCUCGGUCGUACAUUUGGAAAAAAGACCCAAAAGCGUCGCAAGGCCAUCCCGCCGGGCCUCUCUGAGCAUGAUGCCAAGGUACUGACCAAGGUCAAACGCAGAGCCUACCAGUUGGACUAUGCUCUUUUCAGCUUGUGCGGAAUCCGCUUUGGCUGGGGAAGUGUGAUUGGACUUAUUCCAUUCAUCGGCGACGUUGGUGAUGCUGCGCUCGCAAUGAUGGUUGUGAGAUCUUGCGAAGGGAUUGACGGUGGACUUCCUCAUGCUUUGCGCAUGAAGAUGUUGAUCAAUGUCAUACUCGACUUCGUGAUUGGCCUCGUCCCUUUCAUUGGUGAUCUUGCCGAUGCAGUGUACAAAGCGAAUACACGAAAUGCCGUCAUUCUUGAAAGUCAUCUGCGCCAAAAGGGUGCCAAGGAGACCUCACAGCAGAGUAGAAGAAGACAGGAGCCGAUAGUUGAAGUCGAUCACAGUCUUCCCGAUGCAUUUGACAAACAAGAAGAUGGAGUCGUGGGUGACCGUCCACCGGCCUAUGACGAUGUGCGACCAUCGGGUCAUGGGGGAAGGGACAACGCUGCCCCCCAGCCUCCAACCAGGCCCCAGCCGGCCAAACGGUCCCGGAACAAGUCAUUUGGCAGAUGGUUUGGCGGAGCGGGUCAUCCAGAAGAUGAUUUGGAGCGAGGUGGAGCGAGGUAG